UCUUGUAAUCUGAUGCAGUCUGAAAGUGAAACUGAACACAAGCAAGCAGCCAUAAAGAAGCAGCUUCUGAGAGCUGGAAUGUUCUAAGAAAAAUGCUGGUAUUAACAGCUUCGCCUAACAGCCUAUUUAAUAUCUACGCUCAGAGGUACUGGGAAAUUAAAAUGUGAUCAGUGAAUAACAUGGAAACCACGGAUGUAAAGGCAAACAGAAACCUAGAGUCCAGGCAAAGAACACGAAAUACAGAUGCUGUUUGCUUGAUUUUUGAACCUCUCCUCAUGAAGAUGACUUUCCCAAGCUGGAGAUGCCUUGUGUUGUUGAUUUUGGACAAUGUCGGUUUCUUCAGGGCAGAAACGUUUGUUGUACAGAACCCAACUAAACUUGUUGUGGCUUACAUUGAUGAAGAUGUGGUUAUUCCCGCUUUCCUAUCUCCACCUAUAAAUGCCGAGGGAUUUGAAGUGCGCUGGUACAAAGACGAUUAUUCAUCACCAGUGCACUUAUACAAGCAUCAUAAAACAGCAAAUGAGAAUCAGAGGCAUUCCUUCAAAGGAAGGACAGAACUUUUCCUUGAGGAGCUGAAGAUGGGCAACGUGUCUCUAACACUUCGAGGACUACAGCUUACGGAUAAUGGGACAUACAAGUGCUUGGUGGCCUCGACAGAUUUGACAGAUGAUGCUCAGAUUGAUGUCACCAUUUUAGCUAUUGGGACCCAUCCGUCCAUUUCCACGAACACUGAGCAGAACCUACUGGAAUGCAAAGCUGAAGGCUGGAAUCCUGAACCAGACGUGAAGUGGGCAGAUGGCAGUGGAGUCAACUUGACUUCGAAAGCAAAAACAGUGCUACUGAAAGAUCAGAAUGGACCCCUCCGUGUGGUCAGCUGCAUUGACGUCAAUCGGAAAUCCAAUGUGUUCUCCUGCCUGAUGAGGAGCAAAAUACCAAAACCAAACUGGGAGUCAAAGCUCCAUAUCGGUUACAUUUCAGGAGUUCAAGAAUGGAUGGUGGUCUUUAUAUUCCUUGGACUUCUCAGUGUUCCUGGACUUGUGCUGACGUUGUACAAAUGGAGACAACUAAAGAAAAUUGAGAAACUCUAUGACGAGUGUCUCCCAGUCUCCUGUUUGCGGAAAGAAAUCAAGGAGGUGAGCCGUGUCCGGAAUGCAGAGUGGAAGAGAAUCUGUGACUCGGCAGUUGAUGUGACACUGAAUCCUGAUACUGCGCAUUCCCGGCUUAUUCUUACUGAAGACCUCAAGCAGGUGAGACUUGGGGACGAUCUUCAUAAGCCCAACAACCCAAGACAUCUUCCGAUGUGUUUUAAUGUGCUCGCCAAUGAACGGUUUUCUUCUGGAAGUAAUUACUGGGAAGUGGUGGUCGAAGACAAGACUCGCUGGAGUUUAGGGGUCGCAAGUGAAGCAGUAAACAGAGACGAGAAAAUUUCUGUGGGUCCAAAGAAGGGAAUUUGGUUAAUCUGGCUGAAGAAUGAAAACGAAUACUGUGCACUCACUGACCCCCCUACUUCAUUCUCAGUGAGUGUGAAGCCAAAGAAGAUUGGAGUGUUUCUCGAUUACGAUGAAGGAUGUCUUUCAUUUUACAACGCAGACUCCCGAUGUCUCCUACACACUUUCACCGACACGUUCACUCAUAAACUUUAUCCUUACUUCAGCCCUUGUAAAAAUGACGAUAGGACAAAUUCAGCACCUCUGAUUAUCUGUCCACUCAACAGCAGGACAUAAAAAUAAGAAUUGUUGCUAAUGCACAUUUUUCUUGGAGUUUAAUAAGGCGAUAACGGCUGACUGAGCAACAUUAAGCAGAAAUGGUUUUUGUUAUGUUUACAUGCAAAAUGCACCUUCUGAGGACUUGUCUUGGUUUUCAUGUUUGUGUAUAAAAUGACGCUCCAAUAUACAAGCCUGGCAGACCGCGUUUUGCAAAU